UUCACCAAAUAAAUACAGAAGUUCCGUCUUGAUGGUACAUGUCGUAGCCUAUCUCUGUUUAUCUAGUCUAAUUUAGAAUUCCAUUUUUAUCACCAUGCAGUGUGGAGGAACGAACAAACCGAAGGAGGCCACUCCAGAAGUUCAGAAAAUCUGUGAUGAGAUUAAGCCAAAGGCAGAGGAGGCUACUGGGAGGAAGUUUGAUGACUUCAACGCAAAGACAUUUGCAACUCAAGUGGUGGCAGGAACCAACUACUUCAUUAAGGUCCAUGUAGGUGGAGAGGAAUAUGUGCACCUGCGUGUCUUUAAACCCCUCCCCCAUGUCGACGAACCACUUUCACUGCAUGGUCACCAGAUUGGCAAGGGUCAUUCUGACGUUAUUGGUUACUUCUGACCAUCCAACAUUCCUCUGGAUGCUCAGGAGUAUUGUGCCUGUUAUCUAGACUACAAUGUCUCUAUUCUGUUUAUAACUUGCAUGCAUUACAUUUGGUUCUGCCCGUGUAUUUUAUUACACUGUUUACUGAAAUUUAAAUGCAGUGACAUUUGCAGCAAUUUCUCUCCGCUAAUGAAUUAGUUAAUCUUGUUGUAAACUUCCAGUGAAUAAAGGCAACUGGCUGUAUUCUUAUAA